ACAACGCGCCGGAGCCAAUGAAAAACCUUCUUCGAAGGGCAUAAUGCCGAAUAGCAAAAUAUCCGCUGCAGCGUAAGACGACGAACGCUCACUUGAAGCACACCGCACGCCUUCAGCGGUAGCAUGAGAUAGGCCUAAGAAGUCGAAGCAGGAGCGUCUUCAAUUUGCCGCGGGACAUUACCAGCGGCCGGUUCCUAGUCACCCAAAAUAUCGUAAAGUAGGAAUAGCACUGGUGCGAAGGUCUUUGUAGACAAGAUGGUGGACUACGAUCCCAACGAGCCUUGGCCGCUUCCUUUAAUCGCACUGUUCCUACAAAUCCGGGAGAACCGAGGCUAUCAUCAAAUAUACCCGAACGGGUUCGUAAGAGGUUAUGACUACGAAAUAGAGCUUCCAAACAUCUUCUACAAUGGCUGGACAGCUCGUGUUUUCAUGCGCAGGUCGAAAUCACUACCGGGAGACGCCGGGAGAGUUCGAGGACGCGACGCCAGGAGCAGGUCAACCCCCGGACCGGGAGUUGAAGACGGGCCGUCGGGUUCCGGACCCGAGCCACCAGGACUUCACCCCACCGGGGCCUCCUGCCAGCCCGUUCCUGUGCGUCGCCCUUCUACCCGAGCGUGCCGCCAGCUCCUCAAGGCCGGUGAGCUUCUGCGCCCGUGGGCAGGACGAGACCAGUUGCGCUACGGGCCGAGUUCUACGCCAGCUGCCCGGCAACAACGCCGCCCCCGUCUGUCGUGCCGCCUGCUGCUCGAGGCCGGCGUUCGAGCUUCUGUGCCCGUGGGCCGGACGAGAGCAGUCGGGCUACGGGCCCGAGCUCUACACCCAGCUGCCCGGCCAGAACGCCGCCGCCGUCUGCUCGUGCCACCAAGCCGCCUGCCUUACAUCUCCAAGCUGCAGAGCUGGCGCGCUCCGGUCGCCCGGUCAACCAACUUACACCGCGACCUUUGGGGUGUUGGCGUGCACACUAUAUAUGACACGAAGUACUUCUGCAAGACUGAAAUUCCUGCAAAUGGGACCGGCAUAUACACCAGCCAAAGGGGUUAUGAUUCACCUAAGGAUAAGGCACUGGGCCCAGUAGCAAAGGCAGGAGACAUUUAUUCAAUGGGUAUUCGAAUAAUGAGCGGCAAAUUCUUCUUGAGUGUAGCAAACGAAAUAGCGGGCGACUGGAUGAAUAUGACUUCAAACAUAAAAGCCUCUGACUAUAAAUUCAAAAUUUGGUCAAGAGAAGACGUUAUACUAUCAAUACAUAUGAGUGAAGAAGUAGAAAACAACUAUUACAGGCUGCCAUGGCACUACGACCUACCUUACUCUAGCCAACCUCCUGGCUCCAGCAUAAUUGCCCUCCUCGAGUGCGAAACACCGGAGGAAGAAACAAAGGUGUCUAUUGACACUGAGGGCAACGGUCCCCGUAGCCGAGAUUUUGUGAACUAUGGAAAAGUUCCUGGCCUUAAGAAAAUGGAGACAUUCUUUGUGUAUGCCCGGAACUUGCCGGAAGGCUACACGGUGGCCACAAGUUUCAGCCCUGAACCAAAAAUGGUAGCCCAUAAGUCGGCAAAGAACCAUAUACAUCUUUAUCGCCCCGAGAACUGCUCUACCCUACGUUUGACACAGAACGUUAUACUUGGUGCGGAGAGUUAGCGUUCAUUACUAAACAAAGACAACUAAACGUUCAACUUAAUUGAAUUCAUAUGCUUCCGGUUUCUCUGCAAUAAACAUGUAUGA